CUCUGCCGGCAGAGAGACCAAGGGACACGAAGACGAGCGGCGUGUGAAGACGGGCCUCUUAGGGCUCUGAGGGAAGCAUCCAAAGCCAGCUGGUCUGGCUUUGAGGUAAAUCAAUGGGCAGAGUGGGACAAAGGCAACGGAAAGAAGAGGAAGUGUUGUAGAGAGAAAGAAAGGAAGAGAUAAAGCAAGCUGAGACUGGUAGGGGGGAGAAGUGGAGAUUGGAACAGCAGGCUCUGUGAAGGCAUUUGUGCAACAACGACAAACAGUUUGUGGUCUGUCGAAGAGCGCGAAGAAAGAGCAUAUACAAGAAGAUAGACUGUUGCACAAUGUGCUAGAAGAGUGCGGGAAGAAAUCGUGUAGUUUUUCUGGUAUUGUUGAGGUGUCAGAGAGACAGGAAAGCACGCAGCCAUGGGGCGGAAGAAGAUACAGAUCACCAGGAUCAUGGAUGAGAGAAACAGGCAGGUUACCUUCACAAAGAGGAAGUUUGGCUUGAUGAAAAAGGCCUAUGAGCUGAGCGUUCUAUGUGACUGUGAGAUAGCCCUCAUCAUUUUCAACAGCUCUAACAAACUGUUCCAGUAUGCCAGCACAGACAUGGACAAAGUGCUGCUGAAAUACACAGAGUACAACGAGCCCCACGAGAGCAGAACCAACUCUGACAUUGUAGAGGCGCUAAACAAGAAAGAACACAGAGGUUGUGAUAGCCCGGACCCCGAUGCCUCAUAUGUCCUCACUCCUCACACAGAAGAAAAGUAUAAAAAAAUUAAUGAGGAGUUUGAUAAUAUGAUGAGAAAUCAUAAAAUCCCCACAGCAUUGCCUCAGCAGAACUUCUCCAUGCAUGUGGCAGUGCCUGUAUCCAAUCCAAAUGCCAUGUACCAGCCAGGAGGGACUCUGGGCAGCCAGGCCCUGGCAGCAGCCACAGCCUCUCUGAGUGACAGUGGGAUGCUGUCCCCUCCACAGGCCUCUCUACACAGGAAUGUGGGCUCAAGUGGAGGACCCCAGAGGCCCACCAGUACAGGUGGCAUGCUGGAUACCACAGACCUUUCAGUGCCAAGUGGUGUGGGCUCCAGCCCAGCGGGGAACGGUUUUGUUAACCCUAGGGGCUCCCCGGGCGUCCUCAGCACACCCAGCGGCAAUGGCCUGGGUAAAGUCAUGCCCACCAAGUCUCCACCACCCCCUGGAGGGAACAUGGGAAUAGGAGGACGCAAGCCAGACCUGAGGGUUGUUAUCCCUCCAUCUAGCAAAGGAAUGAUGCCCCCGCUGUCGGAGGAGGAGGAAAUGGAUUUGAACACCCAGAGGAUAAGCAGCUCCCAGUCCACCCAGCCGCUGGCCACACCAGUAGUGUCUGUCACCACCCCCAGCUUACCCCCACAGGGCCUCGUCUACUCAGGCAUGCCCACCUCCUACAACCCCACUGAGUUCUCCCUGAGCAGCGCAGAGAUCUCUUCCCUACAGGGCUUCAGCUCUCCUGGGCUCUCGCUGGGCUCCAUGUCGGCAUGGCAACAGCAUCAACUGGGCCAGGCAGCUCUUAAUUCUUUGGUUGGUGGAGGUCACCUACCUCAGGGCUCCAACCUCUCCAUCAGCACCAGCCACAGCAUAAACAUCAAGUCCGAGCCCAUUUCGCCGCCACGGGAGCGUGUCACCCCAUCCAGCUUCCCCCCUCAGCAGCCACAGCAAGGGUCCAGCCGACAGGAAGUUCUGGGACGUUCACCUGCUGACAGCCUCAGCUCCUCCUGUAGCUCCUACGAUGGCAGUGAUCGUGAGGACCAUCGGCCAGAUUUCCACUCCCCGCUGGGGCUGGGCAGACCCCCUGCUGGCUCUGAGGACAGGGAGAGCCCCUCGGUCAAGCGCUUGCGCAUGGACACAUGGGUGACAUAAACAGCCUCGAUCAGGCCUCCAGUCACCAGCCAGUCAGAGAGAGGGAGGGGUUAGACAUGGAGAGAAAAGAAAGAGCAAGGGUCCUUAGAGCUAUCAUUAUAUUAUUCAACUCCAUUUCAAUUUGUAAGACUGAGUGGCAGAUGUUAUGUCAGGACAUAUCUAAAGUAAAUUGUCAAACUGAAACAGUAAGAUUAAAAAAAAAAAAUCUCAGUUAGCUGGACUGAAAAAUAUGCACAAGCAGGUGGUAUCAGGUACUUGGUGCAAUUCAGAUGCUGAAGAAAGACGUUAAACAAUAGGCGGUAGAUUAUUGUAGUCACUGGUCUAGUCAGACACUUACAUGUAGUUGCUGUAUUGCUGUUGUGCUCGCAAGUUGCAAACAAUCAGAGAAAGUUGUGUUGCUUUCAGGCCGAGGACCCUUACAUAUAACGUUCACUGCGAGAACUGUCUUUUAAAAAACAUGCUGUAACCACACAAUGACCUUUAUCUCAAGUGGCCUCUUGUAAUUUAUUGAUUCAGCCGAUUGUGAGUCACAGAGAGCACGGAUAAUUAUACAGAAUUUUGAUCACACAGUAAAUAAUUGCAGACUACUUUAGUGAAUACAUGAAACCAUGCUGUUGGAGGUUAAAAACAAAUUAGCAACAGAAUUUAUUGCAAUAAUGACAUACUAUUCAUUUUAUAAUUUAAAAGAGUUGGAUAUAUAAAUGUGCAAUUAAGAUUAACCUGUCCAGUUGAGCUGGUGAGAAAAUCAACAUGUUCACUUUUGUGUAACAGUUCAUCAGUAAUAUAAGCCAAAGCUGUUCUUUUGUGUUGUUUUUGUACAGUUGCUACAGUUUCCUAACAGUUCACUCAAACGCACCAUUUUCUUUUCGUCAUAGUUUUUACUUUUGAUCGUGCUUUAUCGCAAACGGUGUGAAGUCGUGUAAACCAGAUCUUGAAUCGAUAUCUAAAGCCAUGAACAUGUUGCUGUUCUGUUUGUACAAUUGAUAAUUUGAGCCAAACAUCUUUCUUUUGUUGUGUAAAUAGCGACUUUAAUAUAUAUCACCGGGGCGUGGCGUAUGCGCUGAGUGUACCGUACGGCCGCCGUUUUCGAGAAAAGUAUAUUUUUGUGGAUUACAGCCAAGUUUACAAGAGCAGACCCUAAAAAAGAGUAGAUCAUUCACUGGUCAAUAUUUGCUGUUUUGUUCAUUUUACUGUAAUCUCCUCGAAAUUUAAUCAUCAGCAUCCCAUGUGUUUUGGUUCCAGAUGGUCAACUUGUUUUUUCCUCCCUUUAUUAGUGAUGACUGUUUGUCCUGAAGACAUUGUAACAACAAUGCUGUGAGGUUGAAGUACCACUUUUUUUUUCAAAUUGGUGAAGGAUGAUCACAAGGCUAUGGGAAAUCGGGUUUCUUCCCGCCUAUUGUAGAUGUAUACCAGCAGCUGCUGAAUACACUGCCAACAUAAAAACUCAAGGUCCCAGCCCCACACUGAAGAAUAAUCUAUUGUUAUUGCAUGUAGCUCAACUGAAAGACAUACCAUCUCGCAAGCCCACUCCAUUACCCUGUUAUUGGUUCACUGAAUUGAAACAGAAGACGGUAAUGUGGCAGAAGUGGCUACCGACCUUCACAGAUCAAGCCUGUGCUCAUAUGUGGUUGUAAAUAUCGAAGAUAGUCAUAAUUAUGUACAGAAAUACUAAUGUGUUUCCUGAAUUGGCCCCAGAAAUCAUAUAUCAACGCCCCCAUUCUAAGUAAGACUACUGUAGGAUCCUUAGGAGCCAGAAAAGUGAAAACCUGAAGGCGCUGAAGUCGUGUAUGUGGAAGGUGUUGCAACGCUGUUAUCACACCGUGCACAGACAGGGGG